AUGUGUUGCUCUGGUGGGAAAGUCUUACUUCCACGUGUUCCUCCUCCACAUGAGCUUCUUCAAAUAUUUUCAGAUCAAACAUCUGAAAGUAGACAUUUUAGACAACAUAUAAGAAGUUACAAUCAUGUCUUCUCAUUCACUUCUCUUGGUGUUCAUAUGGAUGAAACUAUAGUAGCAAAUGGUCGUGGUAUAUAUAGUUUUCGUGCUCAAGGUGCAAUCUAUCAUAGGAUAGGAGGAUUUUAUCCAAAUGAUGGGUCCAGACCCCGGUUUUUGCAGUUGUACAUUUAUGACACUGAACAUGAAUUACAAAAUAGGAUGUUGGAAAACCCUCAACUUCAUCAAACUAUUGUUCAUAAAUUGCAACAAAUAUUACACCGGUGCAAUCCUUUUGUGCAUGUAUUUCGACAACUUGCUCAAGAACCAAAUAUUCAGAUAUGUUCUUUACUCAUUAAAGAGCGUCCUGCGAAUCAACCACAGUAUAAUCUUCCAACUGCAUCUCAAGUAGCAGCUAUUAUUGUUACUGCAGACAUAGAAUCAAUGGCACGUGGCCGAGAUAUUAAAGUUGUAGGUCAUGAUGGAAAUUUAAUAAACAUACAAGAAACCGUAGGAUAUUAUGAUCCUUUACAAUAUCCUUUAUUAUUUCCAUUUGGAACAUAUGGCUGGGACACCAACACAAAAAAUCAUAAUGGCCAAAGUAUCUCUUGCCGAGAAUAUUAUAGUUUCAUGCUUCAGAUUCGUCCAAAUGAUCAGUCUGUAAUAUUACAAGCGGGACGACUUUUACAACAAUAUGUUGUAGAUAACUACGUUAAGAUUGAGACCGGAAGGUUACGAUGGAUUCGUAAUCAUCAAAACAACAUUCGUGCUGAAGUGUACCAAGGUUUGCAGGAUGCUUUGCAUGAAGGACAAACUCACGCAGAUACUGUUGGAAAGAGGACAAUAUUACCAUCGUCAUUUAUUGGUAGUCGUCGAGACUUGACACAACGAUAUCAAGAUGGUAUGGCAAUUGUUGCUCACAAUGGAAAACCUGAUAUUUUUCUUACAAUGACAUGCAAUCCAUCUUGGAGUGAAAUUUCUUCUGAACUACAAAAUCAACAAACUCCACAAGAUCGCCCUGACUUGCUCACAAGAAUCUUUCGAGCAAAAUUUGAGCAAUUGAAGGAAGAUGUUGUUAAUAAAGGAGUCCUCGGAAAAGUUAAUAGUUAUAUGUAUGUUACUGAAUUUCAAAAACGUGGGUUGCCGCAUGUACAUAUGCUAUUGAUCUUAGAUAAUAAUGAUAAGUUACGUGAUCCACAAGAUUAUGAUAGCAUUGUGAGGGCAGAAAUACCAAAUAAGGCAGAAGAACCACAAUUGCAUGAAGCUGUGUUGAAACACAUGAUACAUGGUCCUUGCGGAACUCUCAAUCCUAGAUCACCAUGUAUGAAGCGCAAUCAAUGCCAAAAGAGAUUUCCCAAGGAUUUCUUGGAAGAAACACGACAAGGUAAUGAUUCAUAUCCACAAUAUAGAAGACGUUUUGAUGAACCAAUUUCCAUAAAUAGAAAUGUGACUGUUGACAAUAGAUGGGUGGUUCCUUAUAAUCCUUGGUUACUCUUAAAAUACGACUGUCAUAUAAAUGUUGAGGUCUGCAGCAGCAUCAAAAGUAUUAAAUAUUUGUAUAAGUAUGUUUACAAAGGACCGGAUCGAGUAGCAAUGGAGAUUCAUAGAGGACCAAUUAUAGAUGAAGUCCAGCAAUAUCUCGAUGCUAGAUGGAUUUGUGCUCCCGAGGCUUUAUGGAAAAUCUUCAGAUUUACAAUCUAUCGAAUGAAUCCAGCUGUUGAAAGAUUGCAAAUUCAUUUACCAAAUCGACAACAAGUGCGAUUUUAUAAGCACCAAAACAUCAAUGACGUGUUGAAUGAUGAUAACAACUCCAAAACCAUGCUCACACAAUUUUUUGCACUCAAUCAAAGAGAUCCCCAAUCUAGAACAUUUUGUAUCGGGAAAUUCCAGAGCAUUAUUGUUGGAAUAAUAGACAUAAGGAAUGGAGAUAAGUUCUUCUUGCGGGUUUUGCUUUCUCACAUAAGAGGACCAACCAGUUGGGAAUAUCUAUUAUCACCAAAUGAAACAUAUUGUCACACAUUCAAAAAGGCGGCUGAGAAAUGGGGCUUUUUAGAAAGUGACAAUAGUAUUCAUGAAUGCUUAGUUGAAGCAUCAACUUUACAAAUGCCAUAUGCUUUACGAAGACUAUUUGUGACCAUAUUACUUUUUUGUGAACCAACUGAUGUUAGAAGCCUUUGGAAUCACUUCCAUACCUAUAUGCUAGAAGAUUAUACUUCAACCAACACUUCUGUCAAUGAGAACUUGAUUCCUAUGUUAUUGAGGGAUUUAAAUGACCUUUUAAUUCAGCAUGGUAAAACAAUCAAGGAUUUUGAUUUGCCACCUUUAUCUUAUGAUGCAUUGGCAACUACUUCAGUACCAAGAAUUAUACAAGAAGAAUUAUCAAUACAGAUACCUACUGAAGAUGUUGACAAUGUACACAGAUUGAAUCAUGACCAACUCAUUGCCUUCAAUACCAUUUUAGAUGUAAUCAACCGUAAUCAAAGUCAAGUCUUUUUUGUGGAUGGACCAGGCGGAACCGGUAAAACAUUUCUUUAUCGUACUUUAAUUGCACAUUGUAGGAGCAACGGUCAAAUUAUUUUAGCUACAGCCUCCUCUGGUAUAGCAGCAACAUUAUUACCGGGUGGUAGAACUGCACAUUCUCGAUUUAAAAUACCUAUCAAUGUCGAGGCCGGUUCGUUUUGUUCUAGUAAACAAUCAGAUCUUGCAAAACUAAUAAAAAUAGCAAAGGCAAUUAUUUGGGAUGAAGCACCCAUGAUUAACAAAUAUGUUUUGGAGGCACUAGAUCGAACAUUAAAGGACAUUCUAGAUUCUGAUGCUCCAUUUGGGGGGAAAGUGAUCAUAUUAGGAGGUGAUUUUCGUCAGGUACUGCCAGUUGUUCAAAAAGGUACAAAAGCACAAAUGAUUUCUGCCUGUAUUAUUAACUCUCAUUUAUGGAGUAACACAAAGAUAUUACAUUUACAACAAAACAUGAGAUCAUUACAAGAUCACAAUUUUGCUGAAUAUCUCAUGCGCAUUGGAGAUGGUAUUGAACCAACACAAGUUGAUGACAUGGUUAAAAUACCCCAACAACUAGCAAUAUCAUGGGAAGGAGAAACCUCAAUACAACACCUCAUACACCAAACUUUUCCUCAGUUACAAUUUCAUACAUGGGAUGCAUCUUAUAUGGCUGAACGAGCCAUACUAACUCCAAAAAAUGAAGAUGUAGAAAAACUUAAUGACAUAAUUAUCGAUCUAUUUCCAGGAGAAGAUCGUAAUUUGUUGUCAUUUGAUGAGGUUGAAGGAGACACAUAUCAUUUAUACCAACAUGAGUACUUACACACUAUUUGUCCAGGAGGUUUGCCACCACAUAACUUAAAGGUUAAAAAAGGAUCACCGUUAAUGUUGUUGCGAAACAUAGACCCUAAAUCUGGGUUAUGUAAUGGGACAAGAUUAUUAUGUCGUGGGUUCUAUAUGAACAUGCUGGAUGUUGAAAUAUUGACAGGUCACCAUGCAGGAAAAAGAGCUUUCUUACCAAGAAUUAAACAUAAAACAACAGAGAGUGCAGGUCUUCCUUUUGUGCUUAUUAGGAAACAAUUCCCUGUGAGAUUGAGUUUUGCAAUUACCAUAAAUAAAUCACAAGGACAAACUAUACCUACCGUUGGAAUUUACCUUCCACGACAUGUUUUUAGCCAUGGUCAAUUAUAUGUUGCUUUAUCAAGAGGUGUUUCUCAAACUUCCACAAAAAUCCUUAUUAAAGAAGGACACCUUGAAGGACAAGAAGGCAUUUUUACCAAGAAUGUUGUUUAUAAGGAAAUUUUGUUAUCUCAAAACUAG